AUGUCUGAACCACGGUAUACCACAUCAACGACAGUCGUGGAAACCACUGAGUACAUGCCAUCUGACGAUUCACCGGCAUAUCGGCAGGUGACCGUCGCGAAUGUUGACUGCUCCUAUAUUCGAACUUUGGGCGGGAUCAUGAAAUGUGUAUGCAUAGCACUAUGUCUGCUAUGUUUUCUAUGUGUUCUAAUCGGCGGACCUGGGUAUUAUAGUGGUGAGUUGAAUCAGUUGUCAAAUAAGAAGCCUCUUGUGUUCAAAUACUUGUGGAGAGUGGAGAAGACUAGUGCUGGUUGGGCUACAUUUGUCUCAAGCGUCGGUUUAUGCAUCAGCAGCACACUUUUAUUUCUUUAUCUCUUCCGAGUUGUGGACGCUCUUCCACAAGUGCCGUGGAUUGUCGGGGAAAUGUGUUACUGCUUUGUUUGGACUAUUUUUUUCUUCAUCGCCUCCUGCGUGUUGGCCGUAGCGGCGGCACGUUUUACUGCCACUGGAGGAUGGGCUGUAGCAGCGUUCUUCGGCUUCGGAGCGAUGUGCUCCUACGGAUUUGACUGUUACCUAAAAUUUCUCUCCUGGAAAAACAACGAGGUGGCAAGUGGUGGCGGUGGAAGAGAUUUCAUCGCUGAACAACGGCGACGUACUCAAUAUGUAUAG